AUGGAGUGGACCCUUCCCUCCAGAAUAUUGUCAUCUGACCAGCAAAGAUCAAAAUUUGGCAUGGUUAACGAGUUCGCAGCACCGAAUAGAAGAGUCCUUCGCAACAACAACAUGGGUUCAGGCCACGGAGCAACACAGCUCAAGGACAAUAUAAGAAAUAUGAUGUGGAGUAAGACAACUCGGGAUCGUGGCAGCACAUCACUGAAUGAGAGGAAGAAAGGGCAAGGAAGAAAUGAAAAUGAGAAACUUUGCGUUCGCAAACGCAUCUCACAUGACUUGCAUUUCAGUACCUUCCACCUCACGUCGCACGUGCUCGCUGCCCUGUCAUCACAAUGUAUGAUUCUAACAUAUCCCUACAUGCCCAAUCUCAGUUCGAAUGUUCUCCAUCCUAUGAGUUGCACAACCUGGUCUCUAUUUCGACCGACUCUUUGGAUUCUACCAGGAUGUCUUCUCGAUGCAGUGCUGCUGCAAAAGCUGGCCAUGCGAUUGCAAGCUACUAUGACACAGGAGGCUGACUCACAGGAAUCAGCCGCUGAGGACCCUCGAGCCUUUGCGAUGCAAGCUGUCCAGAUGAGUGAAACGAUGAACGACAAUACAAAGCUUGCUGCUCGUGUUUCUGUUUUGCAAGGCAUACAGACAGAUGCACUGUCUGAAUGCAUCAGCCAGACAUGUCAUUCUCACCUCGACAGAAUUCAAGGCAUGUUGCAGCGAGCCCUACGCGCAGGCAUACAGAGCGAGCAGAAGUUGCAGAAGGCAUUCGAUGAGCUCAAAUCACUCAAGGCUUGCUUGCGGUCUGCUGGACUUAAUUCAACUGCUCCAGAAGACAUCCAAAACAUGGCGAUUGAGCUGUGUGAACUCAAAGUGGCUCUGCAUGGUGCCGGCUUUGACUCUCGUAUGCCUGGCCAAGUCAAAGAGGCCAUCAUUGAAUUGCACAUCAAAGAAUCUCGAAUUGUGAUGCAAUAUGCUGGCAUCAACCUGUGGUCGUUCCAUGCCAUCAAGCAGCUUCUUGCUGACAUUAAACUGUACUGGGAGAUGCAAAAUGGUGGAGCUCAUGUGUUGGCAGAUUCAAGCAUUGAUAAGCGGUGCAGGACCUGGUAA